AUGUCGUUCCCGUCGGACGUGCACAAUGACGGGGCGUAUAGCAAGAAGCCGGGGGAGGUUAUGACAGGGACAACGAUUAUGGCGGCUUCGUUCGACGGCGGGGUGAUCCUGGGAGCUGACAGCAGGACGUCGACGGGCAACUACGUAGCCAACCGCGCCACCGACAAGAUCACCCAGCUGUCCGGCAACAUCUGGAUCUGCCGGUCCGGGUCCGCAGCGGACACCCAGAACAUCUCCAUGUACGUCCAGGCGAUGCUCGACCAGCACCAGAUGGAGGCAGGGCGCGCGGCGACGAUCCAGCUGGCGGCGAACCUGGUCCGGAACAUCGCGUACGAGAACAAGGAGAUGCUGCAGGCGGGGAUGAUCGUGGCCGGGUGGGACAGCGUCCGCGGCGGGCAGGUGUACGGCGUCCCGCUCGGGGGCACGCUGCUGCGCGUGCCGUACACGAUCGGCGGGUCCGGCUCGGCGUACAUCACGGGGUGGUGCGACAAGAGGUGGCGCGACGGGAUGUCGCGGGGGGAGUGCCGGGAGUUCGUGAUCCGCGCGGUCGCGCACGCGAUGGCGCGGGACGGGUCCAGCGGGGGGUGCAUCCGCCUCGUGACGGUCACCAAGGACGGGCCCGAGAAGGAAUUCAUCCCGGGGGAGCACGUGCCCGUGGUCGGACAGGGCGACAUGGCGCCGCCGAACGGCAAGCCGGUGCUCGUGUGA